UACUAGGGGUUGACACUUCAAUUGAUUAUUAAAAACACAGACAGCACUUCCUAUCCGACUACUAUUUCACUUUUAACGAAGAAUAAAAUAAAAUUCUAUCAAAUAAACACAAUGUCACCUUGAAAUUCACAUUCCCCUGGCAGACAAAAUAAUGAUUCAACAGCUUCGCGUUCAUCUUCAGUCAUUUGAUUACUUUAUUCCCAAGAUUAAUUGUAUUUAUAAUUAAUAAAUUUUCUUAUGUUUUCACCGGAAGUUGACAGCUCUCAGCGACAACAACAACAAUCGAACAAACAUGGCAAAAUCCUGUGUGCUGUCAAAAGAAAUAUUAGACGGUUUUGAUAAAUACAAAUAUAAUGCCGUGGAUACCAAUCCAUUGUCUAACUAUGUCAUGCAUCCAUUCUGGAACAGAGUUGUUAAGUUUGUUCCAUUAUGGAUUGCACCAAAUGUAUUGACAUUGGCAGGAUUUCUACUAAUGGUGCUGAAUUUUGUCACGAUGAUUUACUAUGACCUUGACUUUUAUGCCUCUAGUCGGGACCAUCCGGAGCAUCCUCCCAUACCCAACUGGGUGUGGCUUAUGUGUGCUAUAAAUAACUUCCUAUCACAUACUUUAGAUGGUAUAGAUGGAAAGCAAGCAAGGCGUACAGGUACAAGCUCCCCGCUCGGUGAAUUAUUUGACCAUGGGCUUGACAGCUGGGCAUCUUUCUUUAUUCCGGUGGCCAUGUAUUCGGUGUUCGGUAGAGGUGAACACGGUGUAGAGGUUAGAGUGUACCUGGUUCUACUAGGAGUGAAUUUCUGCUUUAUAAUAUCACACUGGGAAAAAUACAACACCGGCAUAUUAUUCCUGCCGUGGGGUUAUGAUCUAAGUCAAGUGGCAAUGACUAGUUUAUAUUUAUUUACAUUUGUCACCGGAUACGAAUUCUGGAAGUUCACAUUAUUUGGUUUUUCUGGUGCUGAAUAUUUCGAAAUUAUAAUGUAUGUUGGUUUUGGAUUUUCCUUUCCAAUAACAAUCUGGAAUGUUUACAUAGGAUAUAGAGAUAAGACCGGGAAGAUGUUAAGUCUGUCAGAGUCUCUCCGCCCACUAGUAUCAACUUUCAUACUAUUUGCUUUGAUGAUAACGUGGGCAAAGUAUUCGUCAUACGAGAUCAUACAAAAACAUCCUAGAAUAUUUUAUUGCACUACUGGAACAGUAUUCUCAAAUAUAGCUUGUCGGCUAAUUAUUGCACAGAUGAGCAACACACGGUGUGAGCUAGUCAACUGGUUGUUAGUUCCGUUAUUUACUAUCGUAAUAACGGUGUGUUUCCUCAGCCUCGGUGUUCUAGAAUUCUAUAUUCUCACAGGAUAUGGUAUCUUCGUCACAGUGUCACACGUUUACUUCGGAAUCUGUGUUGUAAGGGAACUGUGUACCUUUCUUAACGUGAAUGCUUUUACUAUAUCAGCAUCAGAUUCAAACUUGACAAUAUCUCCGUAGAAGACUUCUGUAUAAAAAUUGAUGAAAUUGUAAGGUAAACCAGUGUUUUUAAUAAUGCAAAACUAGGCAACUCAUUUUUUUGUAC